AUGGCGCCGUCCGAGCCGGGAACUACGUCCCGCGUCCGGCCGAGAAUUCAUCGGCCAAAUCUUCAUCCGUCCGACCACAGCGGCCGACCACGAAUCCGUCCGGCCACGACCGUUCCGACUCUAGGAGCGGCCAUGCCGAUCGUCCCGACCGACCGUCCCAACGCCGCGGUCGACCCGAAGCCCGUUUUGAAGCCCACAAGCUUGAGAAGCAACUUAGGAAGCAAAAAGCCCAAGAGAUGGCCGACGAAGCAGCUCGCGCUCACGCCGCUGAAGUGGCGCGCGCUCAAUGAAGAAGGAAGAGAUCCACCUCCUCCUCCUCCUAAUCCACAAGACCCUGCUGGAGAUGUGAAUGUGCAACCUCAAGCUGGAGCACCUACAAUCGGAGACUAUGACUCUGCCGAUGCUUUCUUCAUGGAUAGAAACCCUAUCCAUCCACCACUUCCUGCAAGGAAUGACUAUGAGAUCAAGCCUCAGAUCAUAGCAUUGGUUAGACAGAACCAAUUCAAUGGCCUUCCAGCUGAGCAUCCUCUUGAUCACAUAGAAAACUUUGAAGAAAUUUGCAGCACUACAAGAUCCAAUGGAGUCUCUGCUGACUACCUUAAGUGCAAGCUCUUUUCAUUCUCUCUUGGCGACAAAGCUUCAAGAUGGUUGAAGUCUCUGCCAGCUCACUCCAUCACCACUUGGGAUGAGUACAAGGCUGCUUUCAUCAACCACUUCUACACCAAGCAAAGAUCAAUUUCUGUAAGGAACAAGAUCUCCAACUUUCGCCAAGCCAACAAUGAAUCUUUCUAUGAGGCGCUAGACCGAUUCAAGGAGUACAUUAGGGACUGCCCUAAUCAUGGUUUCAAUGAGGGAAACCUAUGGAACAUCUUCUAUCGUGGCAUAGACCACAAGUACAAGCUUUCAUUGGACACUGCAAGCAAUGGAAACUUCAUGACCAAGACUGUUGAUGAAGCUAAGGUUCUUAUUGAGAAUCUUGCAGCUAGUGAUUGUAACAACUGUCCUGAUUAUGACCGCUCAAGCCGCACCACUACUAGCUCCCCUGAUUCUUUUCAAAUGACUGAACUCAAGAACAUGAUGGCUCAAGUUCUUAAGGGACAGCUCAAGCAUAUCAAUGCAAUAGAAGGGAUGAGUGAUGCUAAUGAAGACCCAUCAAGAGAAUGCAUGGGAGAUUUCUCUAAUGAAGCCAAUGAAGAAGAUGUGAACUACAUUGGAAACUAUGGGAACAAGGGAUACAAUCCAAGCUAUCGCCCAAACCCCAACAUGUCUUAUAGAAACCCCAAUGUGGAGAAUCCUCAAGACCAAGUGUAUCCUCCAAGGUAUCCACAACAACAAAGACCUCCUUACCAAUCUCAAGGAAGUCAAUUUCAGCCAAGGCAAGGAUAUGAGCAGAGAUCAUCAUAUCCGCCCAAGGAGCCAUAUGCUUCUUCACCAAAUCAAGCUCCUCCAAACCAACAAGGUGGGAGAUUUGAAGGAAUCCUCCAACAGAUCAUGGAUGGCCAGAAGAGAACACAAAGAGAUGUAUGA